UAAAGAGUAGCUUGUAGGCAGAUUUGUGCUCGUAUGAUGUCAGGAGUUGCUUUAACUGCGAUGGAAGACACCCGGUCGUUUGUGGGACGUGUAGCGACGUGGAAAGGGACGCUGUCACCGGAGUUUUGUGUUGUUUAAUAAUAAAGAUACACCGUAAACAUUAGCUGACGAUGACGAUGACACCGUUUCGGCUAGCAGCUAGCUAGCUAUCGCGGUUAGCCAUCUGCUAACUGUUGGCUAACUGUGUGUGGUGCUGAUGCUGAGCCUGCUAAUGCGAACGGACCAUGUGGUCGGCCUGGCCCUUCCUGCCCGCCCUGGUGCUUCUCUCAGAGCUCUCAGUGGUGAGAGUCCAGACCGCUCCGUGCCAGACCUGCCGGAAACUCACCGAGAGCUUCAUCAAGGGCUUGGAGAGAACAGCCACCAAGAACUUUGGGGGAGGGAACACUGCCUGGGAGGAAGAGAAGCUGGCCAAGUAUGCAAGCAGUGAGACUCGGCUCCUGGAGAUCGUAGAAGCUGCUUGUGAGAAAGCAGAUUUUGAAUGUAACCAGCUGCUGGAGCAGAUCGAGGACCAAGUGGAGACAUGGUGGUUCCACAGGCAGCAGGAGGCACCAGACCUGUUUGAAUGGUUGUGCAUUCAGGAGCUGAGAGUCUGCUGUCUACCUGGGCGCUUUGGACCUGACUGCAAAGAGUGCCCCUCGAGCCCUGGUGGUGUCUGCGGAGGACUGGGCCGCUGCGAGGGGGAGGGGACCCGCCUCGGAGACGGAGAAUGUGUGUGUGAUCCUGGAUACUCGGGUCAUCUGUGCCAGAGCUGUGCGGACGGCUACUUCAGAGAGAGGAGCUCCAACAGCAGCAGAGCAGCCUGUGCAGCUUGCUUCCACUCGUGUAAGAAAUGCGCGGGGCCGCAGGACUACAAAUGCCUCGACUGCAAACCCGGAUGGAUCCUUCAUGACAACAAGUGCGUGGAUGUGGACGAGUGCGGCACGGAGCUGGCUCGUUGUCCUUCUAACACCUUCUGUCACAACACAGAAGGAUCUUAUGAAUGCAGAGGCUGUGACCAGGCGUGUGUGGGCUGCAUGGGGACCGGCCCCGCCCGCUGCAAGAAAUGUGCACGUGGCUACAAAUUGAGAGGGGCGAAGUGUCUCGAUGUAGAUGAAUGCGGUGAUCAGGCGAUCGCGUGCCCCGGACUCAACGAGGCCUGCAUCAACGAGGAGGGCUCCUUCCACUGUGACUGUGCUGAUGGAUUCAUCAGGAGAGACAGCAUUUGUGUUGAGAACAAGCCUCCUGCUGGCCCAGAGAAGGGUCUGUUUGACGACAUGACGGACGACGAGGUCCUUGUGCUGCAGCAGAUGUUCUUCGGCAUCGUGAUCUGCGCCAUAGCUACGCUGGCCGCUAAGGGCGACAUGGUUUUCACCGCCAUCUUCAUCGGGGGUGUGGCCGCCAUGGCCGGAUACUGGCUGACCGAGAAGGGAGACUACAUGCUGGAUGGAUUUCUGAAGGGACGCUAGACUGUCUGCAGCCUUGAGAAAGGACCACCAGCCAGUUAAGGUGAAGAAGACUCAACGGGGAGGAGGGGGGGGGGCAGAGAGCCGAUUGGGGCUUUACUUGAAAAGACUUGGGUUAAUUUAUGUCUAUGAAUAGGACAAAAAGGGAGAACUUGAGGGCCGUGAAGCCGUGAAUAUUGAAGAGGAACAACGAAGCUAAACUGCACUGACACAAAGGAACUGAACUCGAUCGCUUUCCUCAACUUUGUUGGGAGCAAGCGGGGACACGAAGACCGCUGCUGAUUGUUAAAAUCUAUUAUGCAUUUGGACGUCUCGUCUGGCCGCCAUGUUGAAGUGAUGUCUCUCUCUUUCACCUGAUCCAAAACCUCCCUCCAUCACGUGCGUCACCUCUUCGUCAUCUCGAUGCGGUGACGCAGAAGGUUUCCCCACAGGCUGAACGGUACUCGAGUUUCGUCCGUGUCUCCAGAUUCCAGAAAGCGGCCGUUUGGUCAGAUGAGGGAAUUUUUAGGAGUUUGCUUCAGUCGCCCCAAAAAGCUCAUCGAAACUCUGGGAUCUUUUAAUAAGGAGCCACUGGUUAUUUGUGUUGGAUGACUUUUUACCUCCUUACGUACUGAAUGAUUAUUUUUACUAAUAAUGCAUGAGAAAAGGAUUUGAAGUAAUAGGUACUGAACCUUAUGGAUGUAUGUAUUUAUUUAUUUAUUGACUUAGUUUAGCAUGAACGAUCACACACACAAUACUGCUGUUUGCUUAUUGUUCUUAAAUAUCAGCUCAGAUCUGGAUGAUUAAAGCCAUUUUCUGUUGCCUUUUCAGCAAUA